GUUCGUGGGCUGACGCACGGGCUCUCCUCCCCCCGCGCAGCGCCCCCGAGCUCCAGAUCGGGAGGGGAGCUCCCGAUCCAGAGCCCCUCGCCGCCGCGCUGCCUUCGCGCUCGGCCUCGCCACCGGCCGCCGCGCCGCCGUCGACCGUAGCCGGACCUCCACGUCUCGCGCCCCCUCUUAUGGAUCAGCCAUGGCCACCGGCCGCCGCGCCGCCCACCACGACGAGCUGCUCAGCACUCUCCUCGCCGCCGCGGGCAACGGCCGGGAGGAGGAGGAGGACGCGCGGGAGGCGCGGCAGCAUCAGAAUCAACGCGUCGAAUCCGGCCUCGGCUUACGGCGACACGGACGUGGAUGCUCUGGUUGCGACCGCCGUGCUCUAUGCCCCGACCCUGCUCGCCGAGUCCGUCCGACCUGCUGAUCUCGCCGGCCAGCGACGGGAGGAGGGUGGCAAGCUGAGCCGGAGGAGAGCGAGGCGUCCACGUUACUUUAAGUGCAAAGCAGAGGAACACACACACACUCAGGCACGAGCACAAGCUCUCCUCGCCUAUGGGUACGGCGCCGCCGCCGCCAUGCGCGGCCGCGCGGAGCGGAGGCCGUGAUGGCAAGGCAGCCCUUUGGAGUCGCUCCUCCCUGACCAGGCCCAACCCCGCUCCACCAGCUCGACCUCCUAUUUCCUUCCCAAUGCCGGGCACUGCCCGCUCUCCUCUCUGAUUUCCGGCAUGGAAAACCCUCUUCUCCGACUUUCGGCCUCUCCCCAACCUCUGGCCGGUGCUGCGGG